AUGUUGUGUAAUAUUAUGCUGUUUGCAGAAACACUGAUAUUUCCCCCUGUGCUGCAGGUACAGUGCUACAAGGACCACCACUGUUACAAUGCCACAGACAGGCGCAUCCUCAACAUGUUCAUCUCCAUCUGCAACGAUCUCCGCAACCUCUGCCAGAAGCUGGGAACGGUGCAUCCUGGGGACAGCGUGUCCAACGGCCUUGUGGAGAAGUGUAAAGUGCUCCUCAACGACAGCAACGACCUCACAGCCAUCCGAGCCACCUACCCCCACGGUGUUGUGAACUACCUGAGUUUGGAAGAAGCAAGGAAUCGCUAUGGAGGGGUGGUGAGCCUCAUCCCCAUCGUUAUAGACACCAUGAGGGAGUGGAUAACCUACAUGAAGAGAAACCUCCUGCCUAAAGAAAGAGAAUGCAAGAAGUGCAAGUAUGAAGACCCACGUUUGAAAAAUAAAGCCCCUUGGGUGCCACCAGGCAAAAAUACCUAUUAA